AAAAAGUAAUAAAAUAAUUAUAAAAUCUUUGUCCAAAAACUAUCGAUCAGCCAACUCUUGUCUCUCUCUCUCUCUUUUCUCUCUGUCUCUGUGUGUCUCUCACUCAAAAAUCUCCCAAAUCCCAGAGAGACUUCCCUCUCCUCCGAUCCUUUCUUCGUCUUGGUUUAUGAGCUCGAAGGAGAAACCCACUCUUGGCGGUACGCGGAUUAAGACCCGCAAACGGAAUAUUGCUGCACCCCUGGACCCUGCAGCAUUUGCUGAUGCAGUGGUCCAGAUCUAUUUGGAGAAUGUUGGUGAUCUGGAACUUGUUGCCAGGAACAUUGAAUCUUCAGACCUUAACUUCUCACGAUACGGUGACACCUUCUUUGAGGUUGUUUUCACUGGAGGCCGCACACAACCAGGCACAAUUAAACCUGAUGAGGGUGAGCGCCACCCUUACUCCAUAAUUGAGUGCGAGGCUAAACGUGAAGCCAUUUUCCCAUCUGUGAGCUAUAUACAGAAAAUCUUGCGCCGGAGGCCUUUUCUGAUAAAGAAUCUUGAAAAUGUUAUGCGAAGACUCUUGCAGUCGUUGGAGCUUUUUGAGGAAAAUGAAAGGAAGAAGCUUGCAAUUUUCACAGCACUUGCUUUCUCCCAGAAACUAUCAGGGCUGCCACCUGAGACUGUGUUCCAGCCACUGCUCAAGGAUAAUCUUGUGGCAAAAGGGCUAGUUCUUUCAUUCAUAACAGACUUCUUCAAGGAGUAUCUGGUGGAUAAUAGCCUUGAGGAUUUAAUUUCAAUUCUGAAGCGAGGGAAAAUGGAGGACAAUCUCCUGGACUUCUUUCCAUCCGCAAAGCGAUCUGCUGAAGGUUUCUCUGAGCAUUUCACCAAGGCAGGGUUGGUGCCUUUGGUUGAAUACAAUGAGAAAAAGUUAUUUGAGGUGAAACUGAAGGAAAUGAAGUCUGCUCUGACAACCCAGAUUGCAGAGGAAUCUGAGAUAUCUGAAGUCAUUGAAAAUGUCAAACAACGUGUUAAAGAUGCUAAAUUACCUGAUAUAGAGGUUGUACGGAUUUUGUGGGAUGUAAUAAUGGAUGCUGUUCAGUGGUCUGGGAAGAACCAGCAGCAGAAUGCCAAUGCAGCUUUGCGACAGGUCAAAACAUGGGCAAAGCUGUUAAAUUCCUUCUGCACCAGUGGAAAACUUGAGCUGGAACUUAUGUACAAAGUUCAGAUGCAAUGCUAUGAGGAUGCUAAAUUGAUGAAGCUAUUCCCUGAUAUUGUAAGGUCUCUAUAUGACCAGGAUGUCCUUGCAGAAGAUACCAUUCUUCACUGGUUCCGCAAAGGAACAAACCCUAAGGGCAGGCAAACCUUUGUGAAGGCACUGGAGCCCUUUGUGAAUUGGCUGGAGGAAGCAGAAGAAGAGGAAUAAGUGCGAUAACAAUAAUAUUAUGAUCACUUUGAAAGGAAAAAGAGUGAACCCUGUACUUGUUCCUUGUGUUUAAUUAGCUAUGUGUUGCUGAGACAAUGAACUCAUAAUUGGCAGAUGCUUCUACACAUUGGGUGUGCCUGUUAAAAGCAAGAUUGAUGGAUUAUUACUUGCAAUAAACAAUGUGUUCUUGUACUAUGUCUAUGUUAGAUGCGUUUAUAUCUCAUUACUGGGGAAUUGCAUCU